AGUCGUGUAUUCAUUAAGCAUCAAAUUUACUCCAAAAACUCCAAGUCAUCAUGUCUGGCCGUGGCAAAGGUGGUAAAGCAAAGGGAAAGUCAAAGACACGUUCAAACCGUGCUGGACUUCAAUUCCCAGUUGGACGUAUCCAUCGUUUACUCCGCAAAGGUAACUACGCUGAACGUGUUGGUGCAGGUGCACCUGUUUACUUGGCUGCCGUUAUGGAAUAUUUGGCUGCUGAAGUUCUUGAGUUGGCAGGUAAUGCUGCUCGUGACAACAAAAAAACAAGAAUCAUUCCACGUCAUCUUCAAUUGGCCAUCCGUAACGACGAAGAGUUGAACAAAUUACUCUCUGGUGUAACCAUUGCCCAAGGUGGUGUCUUACCAAACAUCCAAGCUGUUCUUUUACCAAAAAAGACUGAAAAAAGCAGUGCUUAA